AUGGCAGUAAUUGACAGCCUCCCUGAGAUCAAGGUCUCCAUCCGUAUCAAUGGAUCACAUGAUGACUGCAUCGAGUUUGUUGACCCAGAUCCCCCCGGAGUCCCCUCAUCCUCGGGCUCGUCAAAUCAUACGAUCUCCAAAGUCAUCGAAAGCCAAGUCGACACCAAAUUCUCUAUCCACUACCAGAUUCAGAACAGCCGGGGUUGGAUCGAUGGAGACAACAGGCUGGCCGUAGCUCUCUACAUAGACGGUAAUCGCAUCGUUGCCCGAUACCAUCACAAGUGCCACCUGGUACACCAAAAAAUCGCUUCGUUCAUCCGCUGUGUCAAGGAUAAGUCAGGCAAACCUGGCAAGGUCAUUCUCAGGCAAUUCAAGUUUGCACCGAUCAAUACAGUCGAAGGAAGUACGGAACGUUUAGCAGCAGAUGAACUCAUUGCACAAAAAGUCGGCAUCAUUGAAGUGAUUGUCUAUUGUGUCGAGUUCAAGGGCUUUAAGCCGAGCGGAGUGAGGGAUUCGAGAGAAGUGAAGGAGCCAGAGAAAAUCGCAGAGAAGGCACUGAAAGGCAAAAGCCUGUCGCACGGCACAUCGUUUUCGGAGGGAAUCGAAAAAGAUGCCAGCGCAAGUACAGCCCGGAAAUCAUACUCUUUUCCAGAUGGAAGCAAGCGCAUCGCUCGAUUCUUCUUCCGGUACAAGCCCAAGACUUCUCUCCAAGUCGAUGGCAUCAUUCCUCGAGAUCCUUCUCCUGAGCUCUCUCCGUCAUCUCUACCUCAGACCGUGGCAAUGUUGCCGCUAGCAGAAAUCCACAAACUUGCCCAGGAACGUUUGGAGCAGCUUCAGCAGAAGACAAAGCAAGAGAAUAGAGCUGGCGUGAAGCGUGAGGCGGAUGAGGAGGCCGACUUUCAGCUACGCAAGAUCUACAAGAUGGACGCAGAUGGAACGAUUGAUCUGGUUGAUGAUUGA